AAAGAGCGGCGAGAGGGGGCGGGGGCGCCGCAGCGGCACCGGAGCUGCGGCCCAGGCCGUCGGUGCAGGAUCCAAGGUGCUGGUGUCUCACCCUGCCUGGAGCCUGAGGUCCUGCGUGCCCAUCCGCUUCCCGACGUCACCAAUGCGACCAUGGGAACUGGCAGUGAAUAGGCGGCCACCCUCUGCCCCUUUUAACCAGCGCCGUUUCUCGGGGGGACCCUGCAGCAGCCCCGACCACCUCCGGCGAAGCCCCCCUGCCAGGCGUCAGUGGGGACGACGCGAGCGACCUCUGGCAGCCCUGCUGGGCCAGGAUGAGCCCCAGCUGCACCCUGCCUUCCCCCAGCAGCCGCACGGCCCUGUAGAUGAGCCCCGCGCAUACGCUCUCCCCAGCACGCCGCCACGAAUGCUUCACCCGGCCGCUCACCCGCCCCACCAGAACCCAUUCAUGGUGGAUCUGCAUGACCAGGUGCACCAGGGACCUGUCCCUCUCUCCUACACGGUUACCACCGUCACGACACAAGGCUUCCCCAUCCACGCUGGCCAGCACAUCCCUGGGUGCAGCACCCAGCAGCUCCCAGCAUGCUCAGUGAUGUUCAGUGGACAGCACUACCCGCUCUGCUGCCUCCCACCCCCGCUGAUCCAAGCAUGUGCCAUGCAACAGCUUCCCGUUUCCUACCAGACGUUCCCCCCCAUCAUCUCCAGCGACCAUUACAUCCUGCACCCCCCACCACCGCCAGUGCCCCCCCACCAGCCACCCCACAUGGCCCCCCUGGGGCAGUUUGUACCUCUCCAAGCCCAGCAUCCGCGUAUGCCUCUGCAGAGGAUAGACAAUGACGUGGACCUGCGAGGGGAGCAGCACCCCAUUGCGGGCUUCACGUACCCCCCGUCCCAUCAUGCUCCCACGCUGUCCCCCUCCGUGCCGCUGCAUUACCUCCCCCACGACCCACUGCACCAAGAAUUGCCAUUUGGCGUGCCAUACCCCCACAUGAUGCCCCGGCGGCUGAACACCCAGCGGUACCGGCUGCAGCAGCGCUGCCCCCCCCCACCGCCUCCUCCGCCGCCCCCCCCGUACUACCCGAGCUUCCUGCCCUAUUUCCUCUCUAUGCUUCCUGUGUCGCCGACAGCCGUGGGACCCACGAUCAGCCUGGACCUGGACGUGGACGAUGUGGAGAUGGAGAAUUACGAGGCGCUGCUGAACCUGGCUGAGCGGCUGGGGGAGGCCAAGCCGCGGGGACUCACCAAAGCAGACAUCGAGCACCUCCCGUCCUACCGCUUCAACCCUGAGAGCCACCAGUCCGAGCAGACCCUGUGCGUCGUGUGCUUCAGUGACUUCGAGGCCCGGCAGCUUCUCCGCGUCCUGCCCUGCAACCACGAGUUCCACGCCAAGUGUGUCGACAAAUGGUUAAAGGCAAACCGCACAUGCCCGAUCUGCCGGGCGGACGCGUCAGAGGUGCAGCGGGAUGCGGACUGAGGCAGGCGGGUGCUGAGCCGCACAAUUCGUUAGAGGACGAGCACGCCGGGCCAGGGGUGGGGGCCGCUGCCCACUGCUAGGGCCUGACCCUGUGCUUACCCCCCCUCCCCAAAGCCUCUCCUCGGAUGUGGUGAGCAUUGAGCAGUACGGGCUCCCGGCCAGCCCUCCUCCUCCCUGCCGGGCACGGACUCGGCUGCGCUCCCGGGGCCCGAAUCGUGUUGUGCUGGAGGCAGGAGGCGCGUGGCCGUGCCCUCCGCGCUCCAAAGACGCUAUUGUUGCUCCAUCACUUUCCAGGUCUUUGUACUCCGUUAGGGAAUUAGCGUUUUUCCCUUUGUCACCUUUUUUUUUUAAUGGUAGUUUGUUUCCCCCCUCCCCUGGUUCCUUUUUCUGUCGCGUUUUUGGUUCCGUGGCCGUUUGCCCCAGCGGCUCCUCCCCUUGGCGUUGCUCAUGGAGGACGCGGGGAGGAGGGAGAAGGGAGCGCCGCGGAUUGAUGCAUCCCGAGCCGCAGUGCCAGGCCGGGGGCAGCCGCAGGAGGUGGCCGAGGUCGGACACCAGCAGCCUCGCGGUGUGGCCGGGGCAGGAUCGCCUCCAUCCCUGCUCCGCACACAGCCCCUCUCCCACCUCGACUGCCCAGCGGAGCCCUGGAGUGUUGUGGCUGUUUGGGGUCUUAGCCAGUGGGAGGAUGGUGCUGGCACAGCCCUGGCCCCUCUCCCUGAUCAUUCUCCCAUUCCCAGCAGAGCUCCUGGGGCUGGGCCAUGGCGUCCUAUGAUGCCUGAAGGGGGAGACCCGGCCCCAUCCUUGCAGCCACGGGCACGAGGUGUCCGCCUGGCCUGCAGCUCCUGCUGCCGUUUUCUCUAUCCCGCUGCCAUAGAUUGGAAUAGCCCCGUGCCCCGUCCUGCUGGCUGGGCGGCUGGUGCAGGGGAGCCCGGCCAGGGGCCACGGGGCGGGGUUUAUCCAUAACCUCGUAGUGUAUUUUCAGUGCUACCCCCGGCCCUGCCCCAGCUGGUGUGGGGGGCAGCUGUGAGCAUCCCCCCGCUGCCAUAUCUUCCCCCAUAACCGUGUGGGGCCGGGCGGUGUGGGGCCAGGGGAGAUGCCGCUGCCCGGCUCCAGCCAUCCCGCGUGGCCGUGGUUUUGCAUGAUUCCUUAGUGAGGAGGGUGACAGGCGGGGGGUGGCGUGAGGGCCGCCCUCCCCUCGCGGCCUGGGAGCCUCCGAGCGGACGCCAGCCCUAUGUAAAUGUUCACAAAUAUGCAUGCAUGUCUGACCAGCUUGGAACGUGGUCUUGGCUACGUGUAGCCGGCUGUGGGGUGAGGGGGGUGGGGAGA